GCAGCGAAUGUCCGGUGAGACCUCGCUUCGGCACGCAUUCUUCCGUUCUGUCGAUAAAUACUCAUUGCACACUCGGAUUUGAUGGACGAACCGGUCACUUCGAAGCUGACACCGCCGCCCAAAGGCAGCGAGCUGCUGCGCGAGAACCUGUUCGAAGAAAAUGCGGACGAGGACGAAGGGGAGCUGCUGAAGCGUCGGGAGCCGACGAUGCUGCGCAAAGGCAGAAAACUCGUUGCCCCCUCCUUCGACGGGUCCAAAAAGUACACCGUCGUCUUCGAUUUGGAUGAAACGGUCGUCUACGCCCGUGACGGCCCCCUGUACGCGCGGGCGUACCUGAAAGACCUCUUUCGCUCUAUCAAGGACGAUUUUGAGGUGAUCGUGUGGACCGCCGGCGAGCGCGACUACGCGAAGUGCAUUUUGGAGGAGAUCAACGAGGAUCACAUCAUCCAGCAUCUCGUCUACCGCCACAAGAAGUGGUUUAAUGAGGAGGACUACACGAAGGAUCUUCGCCAGUUAGGGCGGGAUCUGAACUACACGAUCAUGAUCGAGAACACGCCGGACUGCGUGCGGGCCAAUCCGCAGAACGGCAUUAUUGUGGAAGAUUUUGAGGUGCUGCCGGAGACCACCGAUGACGACAACUCGGUGCCUCCGUCUCCCGUCGUGUCACCACCGCCGCAGCAGGCGCAGUGGGCAACGACAGCACCGGUCGGGGGGCACCCCGCCUUCGCAGAUGCGAAGGACAAGUCGGACUUGACAACCCGCACCGUCGCCACCGUCGCAGCACCCACAGAGGCGACAGAGGCGGGCAAGGAGGAGAGCACGUCUCCCUCACAGGCGAGACGGCGCCGCACUACGGAUCGGACGCUUUUUUUGCUGCGCGAAGUCCUGCUGUCGCUGGUGAAGAGCGGCGACACCGUGCCUGCCUUUUUAGCCUCGUGUGAGCUCCUAUCACAGCAGACGGUCAUCGGCUCCGACAGAAACGAGAUAUCCAUCUACCACCUAGGCACGCGGCGGCGACGGAAAGAUGCGGGGGCGCCACGAAAGGUGGUGAGAGUCAACCGGGACAAGGCGGCGCCCUCCACCGCGGUAGUGGAAGAGCCUCCCGCCAACACCUCCGCCGAGGCGUUAACCGCGUCAGAGGACGCACCAGUGAACGGCAGCGACAACGGCAGCACCAGCGGCGGCCAACUACUGUUGUCGGGUAAAAAACGCCAGCGCAGGUCUGAGACGUCGUUGGACGAGACGCCGUUGCUGCCCAGCCACUCGGCGGACAGUUUCGAAGGCGCAUAG